CUCAGCUUCUACCACUGCUCUGCCUCUGCGUCCAGGCGCGGGGAGGGUUGCCGUUUCCUUAGGAAAAGUCCUGCCGCUUCCGAGGCGCUAAACAUUACAGGCGAGCGUUUUGAAGUUACUGAGUGUAUAGACUUUGGACACGCGUGAGUAGAGUUUAAGGAGCCAGAAGCUGGCUAUCUAGAAGCCACACCCGCAGAGGCCUUCCCCCCUCUCCGCAAUUUCUGUUGCAUUUGGUUCCGCCGAGACCCACGACGGUUCCGCCCCCUUCUUCCUUGUCAUUGAUGUUGUUGUUCUUGUCAGUGCCGCAGCCCCGACCGCCGGGAGCUCGAACCCGAGCCGGGGCCGCCCGGGUGGCGCGGUGGCGGCGGCAGCGGCUGCGGCUGCAGCAGCUGCGACGGCUGCGGGGGCUGCUCCGGGGACUGCGGGGACGGCCGGGGGCUGGCAGCCGGCGGCGGGGCCGGAUGGCUCUGUGCGGGCAGGCGGCAGGCGCCGCGUCGCUGCCCAGCGAGCUGAUCGUGCACAUCUUCUCCUUCCUGCCCGCGCCUGACCGGCUGCGGGCCUCGGCUUCCUGCUCGCACUGGCGCGAGUGCCUCUUCUACCCUGCUCUGUGGCCCCAGCUCCGCAUCUGCCUCCGCGUCUCCCCCGCGGAGCAGCCUCGGCUCGAAUUCCUCAUGCGCAAGUGCGGCUGGUUCGUGCGAGAGCUGCGUGUUGAGUUCGCCGCCGAGAAUUACCUGAGCGGUGGCGGCGGCCCAGGCGACGGAGGCGGCGCGGAUCCUGGGACUGGCGGGGAAGAAGUCGAGGCCCUGCAGCUCUCAACCCGUUGGCUGGAAGUGCUGCGCACCUACUUAGAGCUGGUGCUGUGCGUGCUGGUCAGCAUCCGGAACAACAGAUUGACAUUUUGUGGCAACCCCACAUUGAACAAGUCUGUUGGCACCAUUUUUCCAAAGCACUUGCUCACCUUGUGUCUCUGUGUCACAUUUUGGAACCUCCAGAAGUUUAGCCUUUUUGGAGACAUAAGUGUUCUACAACAGCAAGGAAGUUUGUCAAAUACAUACCUCAGCAAGGUGGACCCUGAUGGCAAAAAAAUUAAACAAAUUCAGCAGCUGUUCGAAGAAAUACUGAGUAAUAGUAGGCAACUGAAAUGGCUGUCCUGUGGGUUUAUGCUGGAAAUAGUAACCCCAACCUCACUGUCAUCUCUCUCAAACUCUAUUGCCAACACCAUGGAGCACCUGAGUUUGCUGGACAACAAUAUUCCUGGUAACAGCACCCUGAUCACCACAGUCGAACUGGAGCGAUUUGUGAAUCUACGCUCACUUGCCCUGGAUUUCUGUGACUUUACAGCCGAGAUGGCAAGAGUCUUAACCGAUAGCAACCAUGUGCCUUUGCAGCGACUGUCUCUCCUGGUCCACAACGUUUCCGUGAUGCACAAGUCUCUGGACAACAUGCCAAAUGAUGAGCAUUGGAAAGCCUUGUCACGAAAGAGCACCAGCCUCCGGGUCUAUAUAAUGGCCUUUGAUAUCAAGAGUGAAGAUAUGUUAAAGAUUCUGAAACCCAGUAUACCACUAGAGAGGAUUCAUUUUGACAGCUACAUCACUUGUGUUUCAGGAGCUAUUGUUGAUCUUAUAUCCAGGCAGUAUGAUAAGUUCCUCACUCAUUUUAUAUUAAUGAAUGAUGUGAUUGACACGUCUGGUUUUCCAGAUCUUAGUGACAACCGAAAUGAAGAUCCAUUGGUUUUAUUAGCAUGGAGGUGCACAAAGCUCUCUCUUCUGGCAAUUCACGGUUAUACAGUGUGGGCACACAACCUCAUUGCCAUUGCUCGUCUUCGUGGCUCUGAUCUAAAAGUACUUGAAGUCACUGAAGAAAGCAUUGAUUUUGACCAAGGGGAACUGGCCGACCAGGAUGUGGAUCCAGUGCAUAACCUUAUUGAGCAGGUAUCCCUGGGCCUGGGUCAACCUUGGCACGCGGUCAUGGACAUCGAAUCACUCAGUGUCUUCACUGAACCAAAUCGUCAUUUUUACAGAGAGAUGCAAAGCUUCAGCGAAGACAUUUAGCUUUUUUUAAAAAUGUACAAUUCCUGUGGUUACAUAUGCAAGUAGGGUCCUAUUAUGUUUUUUUUCAGUAGUGUGAAUUAAUCCCUUUGUGCUGUGUUUAAUCAGUAUUAGCUUUAUAGAAUUAUAUAUGUAUAUUCUACUUCUUGAUCAAAGAACGUAGUCGGGUAUUGGUUUAGAAGUUCAAAGUGACAGUGUAUAGGGCUUUCACGGUUAAUGGACUUGUUAUCCAACCUUAAGGAUAUACAACCGAAGGUUGUCUGAGGUUGCUGGCUAACUUUAUUUUUCACUGAGUUACUCUGCCUUUUGAUGUUUUUAUUCUUUGUGUGUCAGAGUUCAGAGCUCAGGAGCCAAAAUAUUUUUAUACAUAUAUAGAUAUAUAUCCAUAGCCUGGUGGAUUUGUAUGCAAUGCACCGCAUUCAUGCAUUGUGACAGCAUUUCAUUAAUUCUUAUUUGAAAUGGAAGAAGGGAGGAUAGUAUGAUCCCAAAUGAGUUAUCUUUAACAGAAAAGCCAAGACUUUAACUUUCAUUACAUAUAUAAUAGUUGAUAUCACCAAUUACCAUUCAGAAUUUUGUAUAGUACUAGGUUAGAACACUGCUUAAUCCUUUUUUUAAAAAAAUGCAUUUACCUAAAUGUGAAUACUCAAAUUGUUAGACUUUUUAAAAACUAUAUCUGACAUAAUUUAUUCAUCAAUUACAUUAUACAUUCAAGUUAGCUUUUUAGCCCAGAUUUCAAAUAGUGGAGGAAGAAACUGUAUUCCAGGGUAAAACCUCCUAAAGCAAAAUCUUUAAAAAACAGAGCUGUAAACACACAUGCUUGCAAACAAACAUUAGUCGUGAAAUCCCUAGCAACGAGUCACUGGAUUUUUCUCUGUCAGCGCGCGUGUCAGCUGCCAAAGAAUAGACUUAACUGAAGAAGUGCCCACAUGCUGGCAGGGGCCGGCCCACUCUGGCCAGCCAGAUACUGCUAGAUUGUAAUAUUUAAGGUCGAAUUUCGACCUGUGGUACACAGCUGUGCUGUGGCUCAGUCAGCAACCUCAGAACUCUGAAAAAAACAAAACAAAAAAAAGAAAAAAAAACCAUGCACCUGUUUCACUGUGAAUAGUGAAUGUAAAGGAAAGAAAGGAAAAACUGAAAACUUGUUCUAUCACAGGUAUGAGCUGCUAUGAUACAUGAAGAACAUUCCAUGAAGUAUGUUUUAAAACCUUGUUAUAUCUGAGAGGCUUUAAAAGCCGAUUUAACUGUUUCAGGGCAACCGCGGUACAGACGUGGUCUCUGUGAGACUUCCACCUGACCCCAGUUUUAAGUGGUACGAAUGUUGUGCAUUUAAUGUUAAAGGACAGUCUGCAAUAAUAAAGUAAGUAGCCAACGUGGGUGCCCAGCAGUGCUGAGACCUGGCUGCUCUAUUGUAAGCUUUGGAAACACAAUUUAUGCAACAGAUGUCCAGAUAUGAUUCUAUUUAUGGAAAAAGUUUAUAUGUAUUUUACAAAUGGUUUUACCAUCUUAUAUUAAAAUGACCUUUUGACAGGUGUGCACUGUUUUGUCUCCAGUGAGCACAUACCAUGAGGAUUUUAUAUGUACAUCAGUAGUGUGAAUCCACUGGCACAGUGUGUGUAAAUGCCAGAUGUGGUGAGAUUUUAUCUUAUAAAUGUGAUCGGAUAAAAUAAAUCCUGACAGAAACUGUAAGGAAACCAGCUGAAUGUUUGACCUGAUGACUGAUGUUGUAUGGUUUAUGUUAAAUGUAUAUUCUUUUAAUCAACGAAUAAAGCAUUAAAAAGUGA